AUGGGUCAGGAGAUCCAGAGAGCAAGCGUCAUCAGCAACCUGCCGAGUCUGGUUCGUCAGAACCCAGCUGAGACUUUUCGUCGAGUAGUACCCAAAGUUCGAGAGGUCUUAAAUGGAGCCAUCACUGAGAUACAGCUUGCAGCAGCAACUUCGUUUUUAACCAUCCUGCAGGACGACAUCAUUCUGAUCCACACACACACCUACUCUAUCUUAAAGACUGUCCUGAUCCACCUGAACCACAGAGACCCAGUGGUGAGCAGUGCCUGGUUGGAGACUCUGCUGUCAGCCAUCAAUGCUCUGCCCAAAGAGACCAUCAAACAGGAGGUUCUCAACCCUCUCCUGUACCAAUCUCGGGUUUCUCAGUCUAUUCAUGCUCGUCUGGCCAGCUGCCGUAUUUUAGGAAAAGUUGCCCCCAAGUUUGAGUCCCACAUAGUGAAAAAGGAGCUAUUGCCACUGGCCCGGUCUUUGUGUCAAGAUGUGGAACCAGAGGUUCAAGUCUGUAUCUGCCAGCAGUUUGAGAGCAUUGCUCAGGCCAUUGGGGUCGAUGAUACCAGAACUGAGCUUCUUCCUGAGCUGGUGGAGCUAGCUGGAGAUGAGGAGAGUAGUGUUCGACUGGCUGCCUUCGACAGCAUCGUCAGCCUCAUGGAGAUGAUGGACAGCGAUGACCGCCUCCAUGUCCUGGUGCCCAUGGUGACAUCAGUAUGCGAUGCUUCGUCACAGGUGGACAAAGUCAUCACAGCAUCCUUGUCUUUCCGGUUUGGGACACUCUGCAAUGGGCUGUCAGGUCUCUUGUCAGAUGAGCAGAAGCAUCUUAUGCUGCAGAAGUUUCAAGUUCUCUGUAUCACUGGACUUCCAACUGAAGGAAACCAGAUAGACGACAGCGAGUCUGCGCUGAUUCGCUCAAACUGUUGCUACAACCUGCCGGCCAUGCUUGUGUUUGUGGAUCCUGCCCACUUCCUGUUGGACCUCUACCCAUCUUUCUCCAGUCUCUGUAGAGACCCAGAGGUCAGCGUUCGGCAAAAUGCAGCAGCCACUUUCCACCAGGUAGUGAAGCUGCUUGGUUCUGAGUUCCACCUGGUCCACAACGAGCUUCUGUCACUGAUGCAGGAUGACUCCCUGGAGGUUUUGGACACUCUAACGAACCAGUUAGAUGAAACCCUGCAAGUGGUUCUGUCCAGAGGAGACAGUCUGAGACUGGACAACAAACUCUCAGAGUUGUUGUCAGCACUGCUGAUGGCUGAGCAGAAGGUUGGAUGUUCUCUGCGUUGGCGGCUUCAUGAGAAGCUGCUGCAGCGGUACAGCUGCCUGGCCAGACUGCUGCCCGGAGAACUGCUGCACCAGAACUUCUCCCCUCGGAUCUUCAUGAUUCUCACCACCAAUAAGGUGCUGCCUGUACAGAAGGAGGCAGCACGGAUGUUCUGCACCUUCCUGCGCUACAACCGCAAUCAGGAGCAGCGUCAGGAGAUGCUGGGGCAACUGAUCCGAGAUCUGGCUCAGGGCCGCAGUUACUGGAACCGUCUGAGGUUCCUUGAUGUUUGUGAAGUUGCCACAGAUAUUUUGUCUCGAAAAUACUUCAACAAACACUUCAUUGUCCCAGCGCUGGAGCUCGUCCACGACUCUGUCGCCAACGUAAGGUACAAGCUCUGCCGCCUGCUGCCACGGAUGCGUUCUUCACUCCACCUGCCAGCCGACAAACUGCUGCUGCAGAAACUGGACUUGUGUGUCCAGAAACUUCUCUGCAGAGAGAAAGACAAAGAUGUGGUGGCCAUAAUCCGAAAGACAGUGUUGGAACUGGAUAAACUGGACCUGUGUGAGCCCCAGUUUCAUAAGAGACACCAGUGGGACUUCUUGGAUCAGAAGGACGAGGUGCUGCUCCUGGAGAUGGAACAGCUGGAGCAACACCAGAGUGACGGGAAGCUCAACAACACCGACAGGAAACGAAGAGAUGGAAGAGAUGGAAAGACGAGUUUGUCCUCCACCAAGUCCAUGUCCGUGUCCACAUCUACAGCAACCUCGUCCUCAAGUAAAGAGAUGAGGAAGGUGAAACUGUCUCGCAGUCGGUCCCUCAGCAGCCAGCCAACAACGUCCAAAGCCAUGAACCUGGACCGGUUUCUAAAGGUCAAGGAUCUGGACGGUUCUUCUGGACCAGGGAAGUCCACUGUGUUAUCCACCAAAGAUGACUCCAUGAGGACUUCCCACUUCACCUUGAAUACCCAGACCACCUCCUCUGUGCCGGUUUUGAUCCGCAGCAACACCACCAGCCUCCUGGACCAGGCCAGUGUACUGGACCAGAGAGACCACAGAACCAGUAGCUUGGACCAGAGAGUCCUCAGAACCAGGACCUUGGGCCAGCGCAGUAAAACCUUGGACCACAGCUGUGGGCUGAAGGACAGUCAGACCCAGAAGUUGUCCACAAACAGGAAGUCCAGUUCUUUCCAGUCCGGGCAAGACUGAAGGCAAUGGUGUCAUCUUACCUACUCUGGAUCAUUGGUCAAUCAGCUGACUGGGAGCAGCAGACUCAAGGAACUACACAGAAUGCAACACAGCAUCAUGUCUACCUUAAAGAGGUAGCUGUGACUAUCUCCACGGAUCACUGUGUUCUAACCACGGAACCCUUCACCUGAUUGGAUCAGGACAACACGCGCAGAACUUUGGCUUCAUCUGAUUGGUCGGAGUUUUAUGCAGCUGCUUGAUGACUGGGUGGAUGUGUGGUGAUGUCAUGGCAGCAGCCAUGUUGAGUUGAACAUGAUGAACAAAGAUGGCAGCAGAGGAACAUGAAAAUAUUUAAAAAUAAAAAA